CGCCGCGAGCUUAGGUAGCUGUUGCACAUAUUGCCUCUUUCUAGAAUUUAAAUUGACCAUUUAAAACAACUUCAAUAGCGGUUUAAAUGACCUUUAAACAUGUAUUUUAAAGAGUUAUUACGGCGGAAAAACGUAAAUGAUAAAGAAAGUGAUCAUUGGAAAAAAAACUCUUGGGGUGAGUCUUAUGGUUCACUAAGUCUAUCAACAAAUAUGGUUUCAGAGACAGAUUCAGAUGUGGUUCCUAUAGUACCUUACUCGCCGAGUUAUUCAAUGGAUAUGAGUGUCAAUUUAUCUUCUUCAAAAGAAUCAUCAGAUGAAACUCGUUUUUCUCGAGCUCAUUUACAAGCAAUAGUGUUCGUAGAAGAUGCACUUGAGCAUCGCUCUAUACACCACAAAGUGGAUCCAAUUUCUUUGUAUAGAUAUAGGCUAUAUCAUUCUAAACAUGUUCAAAGGUUGUUUCGAUUUACAAUAACUUUACUUCUAUUAUUGCCAUUUUUUGAGACGCCGUCUUCUUUAACUUGGUCUUCAGAUCCUAGAAAGCGAGGUAACAGAUAUACUUUUCCUUGUGGCAUCACAGAAACAAUAGAGUUGAUUUGCUUUAUUAUUAUGACAAUUAGUUUUAUAAGCAAGUUUGUCAUAAUUGGAAAAAGGCACGCAAAGAGCAAUUACUGGCUAAUUGCAUUUGGACUUGUGUUAAUAUUUUCUUAUGUUGACUGGUUUGUUUCAUUAGGACAUAUAUGCAAUGAGAAAUGGAGAAUUCGACGACUCCUGAGACCAUUCUUUCUAAUACAAAAUUCUUCAUUAAUGAAAAAAACAGUUAAUAGUAUAAAAAGAUCAAUUCCUCACAUCUUAAGUGUGUUAUUUUUGCUGGCACUACACUUGUAUUUUUUUACUAUGUUUGGUAUGGUAUUAUUUGCACCAGAAGAUUUUAGCAAACAAGCUGUCAUACAUUCAGUUAAUUCAUCAAGUAAUAAAGAUUCACUGGAUAUGUUAAAUAACAGAAAUGAAGGAAAAGCCUAUUUUUUUGAUCUUGGUGCAGCAAUCAUGUCACUUACUAUACUGCUAACAACUGCAAAUAAUCCAGAUGUGAUGAUGCCUGCAUAUUCUGAUAAUAGAUUUUAUGCAAUUUUUUUUAUCUUAUUUCUGGCUGUAGGAAUGUAUUUUUUUAUGAAUGUUCUUCUUGCUGUCAUUUAUAAUGAAUUCAAAGGUUCCUUUACUAAAACAAUGCAAAGUAGUUUUAUAAGAAGAAGAUGUGGAAUCAGAGCUGCUUUUGAAGUAUUACUUGGAGUUUCUUACCAACCCUCUUCUUCUGAAACUCCAAGCUGUAUAGAGGUUUCACUUGUGCGAGACAUUUUGAAAGACAUACAUUUUUCUAGAAAAUUAAGAUACAUGCCUAAGCUAGAGGAGUAUUUGACGAAUUUGAAUACAAAUGUUAUUAAUGCGAAGCAAUUUCAAGAACUCUUUGAUAUUGUAUUUUCAGAUUCAAUAAAAAAGAGGAUUCCUUGUAGAGAAUUCCAUCAUCCAUUGUUAUUGAAAGUGCAAUCAAUACUUUUACAUAAUUACUUUCAAUAUUUUGGCGAUUUUAUAUGUGUUCUUAAUGCUUUGGUGGUUACGGUGGAGUUAGCAACAUCUAUUGAAGUAACAUUUUCUGGAGAUAAACUUUCUAUCCUCAACUUUUGUUUUAUCUCAUAUUUUGCUAUUGAACAGGUUUUGAUGAUUUAUUUUAUUGGCGCAAAAAGAUAUUUUUCUCACAAGACUGUUUGGUUUGAUAGUGUUAUAACGUGGGCUCUUGUUCUAGUGGAGAUAACAUUUAUAUCAUUAUAUGGCGGACCAAUUCCUUAUAUGACAAAAGAAGAGAUAGUUAUACGUAGUAAUGACCUAAAAUUUUUGUCAGUAUAUAAUUUACUUCGUAUCACCAAUAUGCUGAUAAUUGUUCGAAUUCUUAGAAUCAUACCCAGCAUUAAGCCACUUUCUGUGGUUGCUAGAGCAAUGGUAGAUCUGGCGAAAAAUUUGAAAUCCUUUGCUGGUAUUGUUAUAGUAAUAUAUUAUGUUUUCGCUUUGAUUGGGAUGAUGAUAUUCCAAGACAAAAGUCCAAAACCUACUCUAGUAAAUGCAACUCUAAACACAUAUAGAAUAACUAAUCCAAAUAUCACCUGCGGUUACGAACAGCUAGACUACUAUGCUAAUAAUUUUGAUGAUUUUGCGGCUUCCUUAGUUGUACUAUGGGAUGUGAUGGUUGUCAACAACUGGUAUAUUUUUCUCAACGCAUAUAGUACUUCAAUGAAAAACAGAUACACACAGUUUUAUUUUGUAUUAUGGUGGCUUACAUCUGUUGUUAUUUGCAUUAAUUUAUUUGUUGCAUUGGUCAUUGAGGCUUUUAUAACACAAUGGGAUCAACAUCAAGAGAUAGUAAAUGAGAUGAAGCACAAAAAACGAAAGUAUGCACAGAAUGAAGAGACAAGUCGUCAUUUUCGUGUACAUGAAUGGUUUCGCGCCACAUAUAAAGAACCAACAGAAAAAGAGAUUUUACAAGAAAUUUAUUCUCACAAAUAUUUGCGACGUUACACAUUGCUCAAUUCUCGUGAUUUUCAAGAUGAAUGAAAUUUAUUUAUGCAAUAAAUGGAUUUCACUAUCUUGUAAUAUAUUGCGAGAUUUUAAUGCUUUUAAUUUAAUUAAAAAAAAAAUUAAUUUAAUAAAAAUCUUACACAUAAUUUCAUUUUUCCUUAAUAUGCAUAGAGCUUCACAAUCAUGUUAAAAUUGAUCAGCUUUAUUUUUUUUAAAAAAAAAGCUUUACCCAGUUUCUUUUUUUUUUCUAUUAAAAUUUUUAAUUAAUUUCCUUUAAUUUGUCUGUUCAGUAGAGGUUUUAUAUAUUUUCUUAAAUUUGUAAAUAUUUUUUUUUUACUUAUAAAAGAAGUUGUUACAAUGAACUUUAUUUUAAUCCAACUAUUUCAGUAAUAUUGGUGUC